GGACCCUGCGUCGCUGCAGCGGGUCGCCUGCAGUCACUGCGCCAGGAAUCAAACCCUCCAAAAACCUCAGUCUAUCGCUGCAAAUCCAUUGACUACAAGAAGAGCAGCAGACAAACCUGCCGUCUAGUUUUGCUCGCAGUCACGCCUGCCGUUUUCCACAGUGUAUCUCACUCGUGCGGACAGAUAGUCUCGCGUUUCCUCUGCCCAUCAACUGACCUUUUGUUUUUAAUUCCGAUGAUUAAUUCGUGCUAGUGCGUCUCGUCGGUAGCGCACAUUGAGGUCAGUAAGUCACAUAUGAUGCACAUACGAGCGAACUGAAAUACUGACGCGAUAAUUUCUCACUGCGAUCGUUUAAAGCUGCAGAGAUGUCAGGCGCGUCUUUCCAGUGCCUGAUGUUUGGUUCAGUUCUCCUGGUUCUAGUGUGUGCCAAGGUUCUGAGUGCUGGUCCAGCACUCCUACCCAACCCUCUCCAUUCCCACGGGCCAGUUCUGGAUGUUCCCGUAGGCUUUGAGGAACACGAUGAGGUCUCAAGGGAUCGCAGGCCUGGCUUCAUGGAGAGUUCUCAGGAGAGCUCUGGGUUCUUUAGCGAAGACAGCGAGGAUGGCAAGAAUGCUCAUAUCGAGACCAAAGACACCAGCGUUGACCUAAGUGCCAUGAAUGAGCGCUGUCUGAUGCCCAAGAAGGUGGGACCUUGUCGUGGGGCGUUCCCUCGCUGGCACUUUAACCCCAUCACUAAGAAGUGCGAAAACUUCAUAUUUGGGGGCUGCAGAGAAAAUCGCAAUAACUUCCUGUUGCUGGAGGAGUGCGCCAAAGCUUGCCACACAGUCCUUGAUUACAGUCCUUCAUCACCAGAACCACCAUCUUUGCCACUUUCUCUGAGCCAAAAGCCCACUGAGACGAAUUUCUCUUCCUCAUUGUUCAUCCCUACGACUGAAUCUAUCGACCCGGAGCAGUGGGAGCGUGAUUCAGAAUCGAGUGGCUUCCCUCUCCACCCCUCCACCGGGCCAUCAAUUGCAGGUGCCGAAGACCACGCCCACUCCACAGCCACGCCCCCUGUCCUCGGACUCGCCCGUCAGAACCAGCCAGAGGCCACAGCUGGAACUGACAGGCGCCUGACGUCCGAUGACCCGUUUGACGACGAGAGAGGCCGUGCUGUAACACAAGCGCCCACGGCUCCUGAAAUCGGGCCCCUGCCGAGCCGGGAACCCCUGCAGCCCGACGAUCUGCACCAGGAUGAUUCUGAGGAAGAUGAGGACGAGGAAGAGGUAGUGGUUUUUCCCACCGAACCGGAUGAGGAGGAAGAGGACGAAUGGCGGUACCUCACGCCGCUCACAACCGGACCCUCGUCCUCCCCCGCUUCAGAGCUGCCACCCGUGGUGUUCACCGAAACUGCCUGGCAGGGGGCGCCGCUCACCACAACUGAGGAUGAGGAAGGAGCGGAGCUUCGUCAUGGCGGUACAGAAUAUCUCGCCGAAACGGAGCUGCACGACUCAGAGCUGUCCCAGGAGGCCGAGCAGCAGGUGAUUUGCGUCGACUGGAGCAACCUUGCAGGAAAGGGUUAUGUUAUACUCAACAUGACGGAAAACUUUGACUGUGAUGAGUUUCGCAUGGAGAGUGGCGACAGACUCCUGGAGAUGCUGGAAAACACUUUCUCCAGAAAGAUGAACAUCCCACAAGGCUCCUGGCUUAUUUUCCUCAGCAAACCCACACAGCAGGACCACCAGCUCCUGAUGGCCUUGGCCAGCGAGCAGGAAAUUAUCCCUCCAAAAGACGUCCUGUCAAUGUUAGGGGAAAUCAGAAGAGGUCUAUAUGAGAUCGGAAUUCAGAAUUAUUCGACCGUGAACACGUGCCACUCGAGGCCCAGUCAGACGCGUAGCGACUACGGGAAGCUGUUUGUGGUUCUAGUGAUCAUCGGAUCGGUUUGUGUGCUCAUUAUUGCUUCUGGAAUCAUCUAUAUCUGCUGGCAGCGUCGUUUACCCAAACUCAAAAACAUGUCGAGAGGCGAAGAGCUGAACUUUGUGGAGAACGGUUGCCAUGACAACCCCACACUGGACGUAACAAGUGACAGCCAAUCAGAAAUGCAGGAGAAGAAACACAGCGCCAAUGGGGCGACGGUGGGCGGGGACGGGGGAAGCGGUUGGCAGGUGCUCGUCAAUAAGCCCGGGAAAGACGAGGAAGACAACCAAGAGGAAGACACGCACCUUUAAUCCCGGGAAAACAAUCAGAAAAACACGGCAUGGGAAAGCAGUAUCGCAUUACAGACUAUGAAGGCACAAAACAUGUUCAAGCUUUUUCGAAACAUCUGCUGUAUAAAAUGUGAUGUCUUUUGGCUUGUAUGACGUUUUUCUUUAUCUGCGUUACUAAAUUCAGACGGACUAAAAAGUGCUUUAAAAUGAGACUCGUAUGAUAUGGGACAAUUUUCAGUGCAGAAUUUAUUUAAAUCGAAUGUGUCAAACAAUCAGUGAGGCAUUUUAUAAUUUAAAAUCAGUUUGAAAUUUCUUGGAAAAUGGUUUCUUGCACUGUUAAACCAAUAGUUCAACCCAAAAUGUGAAAUAUGUCGUUUAUCUCACACAUGUCGUUCCAAAUUUUCUGCUACUUUUUCUGUGGAACCAAAAAAAAAAAAAAAAAUUUUGAAGUAUCUUCAGGUCGUUUCUAUACAAAACGGUUCAUAAUGACCACCACCAAGAAGAAGAAAAAAAGUGUGAUAAAUUCCAGUAGUUUUUGCUACCCCCCCAAGAUACCGCGAUGACCAAUGGCAGAAAAUUGACGCGAUCUUUAAUAUUUUUUUUUUUUUACGGAACUAAAGAUUUGUUUUAUGGAAAAAAUGGCAUACAGGUUUGAAACGGCUUUAAGGUAGUUAAAUGACUAAAUUAAUUUCAUUUUUGGGUGAAUUACAGAAGAAGAAGAAGAAGAAACAGUAGUGUACUUGAAGACAGAUAACGUAAAGAGAUUGUACCAAGGUUUUUUGAUGUUGUUUUCUCGAAGAUGUAGACACAGUGUAUCUCUAAUACACUAUAAUCAGUCAUUCUCGGUUUUACUUAUUUCAAUGCAAGUAUUUACAGUUAAGCAAGCUGCAUAUUGUGUUUUUACAUGCUGAAUGCUGGAUGGACGCCUACCUGCCUUGCUCCUUUAUUGUGCAUCGGAAUGGCUGCUCCGUACUGGAUUAUGUCGCUUUUAAGGUUGUUUUUUUUAAAUAUAUUGCACCUUUAACGUUGCUCAGCACCAACGGCCUCCAAAGCAUAACAAGAUUCUCCUUACAAAAAGAAUCUUUCAUAUAGAAAUGUGUCGAAUGGAGCUAGGUAACGAUUUCUUUAAUGUUUUCAGUGCGCAUUGAAGUUGUUCAAUCUUUUAAUCACAAAGUAAACAGUGAUCACAAUCAAAAAAAAAGUGUCAAAUUAGUUAUCAUAGUGAUUAUCUUGUUUAUGGUACAGUCUAUGUGUCAAAGAACAAUCUUAAUUGUCGCCAUAGAAAGGCUUUUCUUUAUUCAUUUCAAGUGCAUGAAACAAUGUAGUAUAAGUCUAUGCACAUGUCAGGGGUCAACUGAUUGUACACAAUUUAGCAAACGUGAACCGUUCAUGUUUAACAGAUUUCAAUGGUUAGUAGCCUACUCCAGAACGCUCUAUAUAACGUACAUGCAUUUUUGUUUGUUUAUAAAGCCUUGACGUAGGAGAGUUUGACUCCAGUGUAGAACGCUGUUGAACGCUUCUGUUUUGUACCUUUGUGUCCUGGUACGAGAGCUAUUAGCAAAUUUGCACUUUUUCCAUUUUGAUUUUGUACCUCAAACUGCUUUAUGUAUCUGAUUGUAAGGAGAUUUAGGUCUCGUUGUUUUUCUGGUAAUUUUAUGUUAUCCCACCUCUUAAAAAAAAG